AUGGCUUCGUUCCUUCGCUGGUAUGGCGUGAAGCUCGCCCAGCGCCCUAUGCUCACUCAGAGUGUCACUACUGCUGUCCUCUUCGCAACUGGUGAUACCAUGGCCCAGCAGGGUGUCGAACAGGUUGGCUUGAAGAACCACGAUCUUGCGCGUAGUGCUCGCAUGGCACUCUAUGGUGGAGCUGUCUUCGGUCCUCUCGCUACCACCUGGUUCGGCUUCCUGCAGCGUCGUGUCCGCAUUCCUAGCUCGCCCAACAUGGAGAUCCUUGCUCGUGUCGGUCUCGAUCAGACCGUCCUUGCUNNCCCCCUCAACUUGUUCGCCUUCCUGUCCUCGAUGGCUAUCAUGGAAGGAUCGGACCCUCAGAAGAAGAUCGAGUCAACAUACUGGAAUGCUCUCUCCAAGAACUGGAUGCUCUGGCCAUUCGUUCAGGCCGUAAACUUCAAGUUUGUCCCUCUUCAACACAGAGUUUUGGUCGUCAACGUUGUCUCAUUGGGUAUGUGCCGCUCCUUUGCAAUUGACAGUGGCUUUGUGCUAACACGGUUCCANGGUUGGAACUGCUACCUUUCCUACCUCAACUCUACCGGAUCUCCCACCCCUAAGGAACUCCCUCCUUCAUAA